GCUUCCACCGGCGCCUGCUCGCGAGUCCGCGCUUCGCUGCCGGCCUCACCGAGGAGAGCCAAGAGACGUUUGGCGCCCGACGUCCGCGGGGCGAAGGGGUAGGCGAAGCACGCCGGGCAGGCGAGGGAAAGUUGCUCCUGAGUUCCAUUUUGCAGCUGUAGGGGAGGGGCCUUUGCCUUUCUUCUUAAAUGAGCUCCCCGGACUGCCUCGACAGGGAACUAGGAAAAGUGAGUCGCAGGAGCCCAAAACCUGGCUUUGAAGAUCUCCGGAUGGCAGCCUGUAAAGUGAGCCAUAUGUCCAUGGAAAAAGUGUGGGAAUGUUUACUAAAAUAUAAGGUUUCUCUCUGCCUCCUGUUGCUUCAUUUGAUUUUGGCUCCUGGCGGAGCUCAGGAUGGUUUCUCAAACUACAGAGCUGUGUUUAGCACGUCAUGUAAUGAAGUCUGGUCUUUGUCACCUGGAAUUUCUAUACCUGCACUUAGAAACUUUACAGUCUGCGUUUAUCUUAAGCUGUACAAUUCCAAAAAUUCUUGGACAGCAUUUGUCUAUAGCAAAGAACCUAUUGGUAAUUUGUCUGCACCAGACCAUCAGUUAUAUGAACUGGGGCUUACUGGAGGACGUGACAAGCUGACAGUCUGGAUAUUUGGCAAAGAAAUAACCUGGACAGGCAAACUGGAUAACAACAUCUGGUACCAAAUAUGCAUAAGAUGGAAAAGUGAACAACAGGAAGUUCACAUAUAUAUCAAUGAUGAAGAGAAAAGAAGUGAAAAAAUAAUGCAAACUGGACAACUUGCGGGGAAUGGGCAACUAUUGCUUGGAUGCUCACAGAUUCCUGGCCGGUCCUCAUCUUCAUUAGAUGGGAUGGUUGGGGAACUCUACAUGUUCAGAAUGUGGGAUAACAGAGACAUAAAUCAUACACAAGUCUGCCAAGAUGGUACCAUCAUACAUUGGAGAAAGAAUAAUUGGUUGUUUAACAAGACAGCACAAUACAGCAGUUCUUUACCUUGUACCAAUGCUGCAGGCAUCUCAUCAAACCUUAGAAACAUUUCAGUAAGCACACCAGAAUUGUCUUCAGUUGGAACUCUGGAUACUGCAGAAACAACUAAUAUAAUGGAACUUGGUUUUUCAAAAAUAGAUGGAGCAAACAUUUUAUCUAGCAAUGUGUGUAAGUUAUCAGAUUUCUGUGAAGACUCAGUUUUCUACAUGGGCAAUAUGAAAUUUCGAAUUCAUGAAAACAGCUCAGAUACUUCAUAUAAUCUAACAAUAAAAUUUCCUGGCAAUAACACUAAUCAGUACCAAUUAAAAGGUAAUUCAACCAUACUACCAGAAAUAAAUAUUUCAGAUUUCAAUAAAACACUUCAGAAACUAAGUCAGUCAUCUCACAUGCAGUGUAGUGAAAUAAAUCAGAGUUUAUUCAACUGUGUUUUUAUAAUAAAACUGGAGAAACAAAUGAAUAUAAGCAACCUGUUACAAGAUUUAGAAGAAAAAGCAGAAAUGAAUCUAAUUGAAUCAUGCUGCUGUUCAUCCAUGCAACGUUUCUCUUGUCCAACUGCCAAAGAGUUGCAGCAUCUUCAGUGUGAUAUUCACAGACCGGUUGCCUGCACUGGCAGUAGUACUCCUGACUCUCCAGUUUCAUCCAUAGGUCCUUCCCCUGUUACAGUGCAGCACGAAACCUCUUUCUCUGAAUCAACAAUGGUUUCACCACCUCCUUUCACUGAGCCUGCAACAGUAGAGACUUCUACUGUAUAUGCAACUCAGAAUCCUUUCACUGAGCAAAACACAGUGCUUUCUUCUGUAUCUCUUACAAAGUCAACCAAAACAUUUGUUCCUUCAACUUUAUUGGAAACAAUUAAUUCAGACUUUACAACAUCAUCUACCCAACCUACUACUACUUUUCCGGAAGUCAAUCCCACAACAUCUACUAUCUCUCAUGCUACAGUUCUUACUCAACAUACAACAUCAGUUUCUUCGACCAUCAUGUCCACGUCUUCUUCUGUGAUCUGCACUAAUGACUUUGGAGGACCAAGUAAAAUAAGCACAGAACAAAUCUAUCAUAAUUCAGGCAUUACCAAUAGUACUGAUGCCUCCAGUGUCGAAAACAUUGUUUCUGAGCUUGAAGGCUACUUAGCUGCAGAAACAAUAGCACCAUCUCUUGGACAGUCAAUUCUAGAAAGGGUUAGUUUUCUUCUAAGCAUGCCCCAAUCACAAAUAUAUCCAAUGUCUAAAAGAAUAAUAAAAAUAGUGGAUAUGAUUGGAUUAAAAGUGAACUUCUCAACAAAAUCCAUUAAUUUUACCACUCCUACUUUGGCUCUGGCUGUCCUGAAAGUCAACAGUAACUCUUUUAGCAAAGUUUCUUUUGCUGUUCAACAUUCUUCAGACCUUGAGCCUACUCUUGGAACUGAAGCACCAUUAAAGAAUAUUGGAGCCAUUACACUUCCAUCCUCAAUAAUGGCAGACUUGUCACCUCAAGAUAAGCAUAUAGCUUCUAGAAUUACAUUCAACUUUUUUAAAAAAACAACUCUAUUCCAGGAUCCUGCACUGAAAAAUUUAUCUUUGUUCAGCUAUGUUAUAUCGUCAAGUAUUGCUAACCUUUCAGUCAGCAACUUGAAGACAAAUGUGACUGUCAUGCUACAAAAUAUCAGGCCUAAUCAGGAGAAUUUGACCGUUCAAUGUGCCUUCUGGGAUCUCAGUAAAAAUGGUGGCCAAGGCAGUUGGAACUCUGAAGGCUGUGUGGUUAAAGAAAGAACGACGAAUGAAACCAUCUGUAGCUGCAACCACCUGACAAGUUUUGGCGUAUUACUGGAUUUAUCAAGAAACAGCACUAUACCUCCAGUUCAAGUGCUAAUUCUAACUUUCAUCACCUAUGUAGGUUGUGGACUUUCAGCUAUUUUUCUUUCUGUGACUCUUGUUACCUAUAUUGCAUUUGAGAAAAUCCGAAGAGAUUAUCCAUCUAAAAUUCUUAUCCAGCUAUGCAUUGCUCUGCUUCUUCUGAACCUGGUUUUCCUCCUGGAUUCCUGGAUUGCUCUGUAUGAGAUCCAGGGACUGUGCAUUUCAGUUGCUGCAUUUCUUCAUUAUUUCCUUUUGGUUUCUUUUACCUGGAUGGGCCUUGAAGCCUUUCACAUGUAUCUUGCCCUUGUGAAAGUAUUCAAUACGUAUAUUAGGAAAUAUAUUCUAAAGUUCUGCAUUAUUGGCUGGGGGUUACCAGCUAUAGUGGUAGUCAUCGUACUGGCAGUAUCUCCAUAUAACUAUGGGCUUGGAUCAUAUGGAAAAUUUCCCAAUGGCUCAUCUGAUGAAUUCUGCUGGAUUAAGAAUGACAUUGUAUUUUACAUCACCGUUGUGGGAUACUUCUGUACAAUAUUCUUGUUGAACAUCAGUAUGUUCAUAGUAGUACUGAUUCAGCUUUGUAGAAUCAAAAAGAAGAAGCAGCUUGGUACCCAGAGGAAAACUAGCAUACAAGAUCUCAGGAGUGUUGCCGGCCUUACAUUCUUACUGGGAAUUACUUGGGGAUUUGCCUUUUUUGCAUGGGGUCCUGUAAACCUUGUUUUUAUGUAUCUCUUUGCAAUUUUUAAUACUUUGCAAGGAUUUUUCAUUUUUAUUUUUUACUGUGUUGCAAAGGAGAAUGUUCGUAAACAAUGGAGAAGAUAUUUGUGUUGUGGAAAAUACCGGUUGGCUGAAAAUUCAGAUUGGAGUAGAACUGCUACUAAUGGUUUAAGGAAGCAGAAUGUUAACCAAGGUGUAUCCAAUUCUUCACAUUCUUUACAAUCCAACAGUAACUCUACUAAUUCCACAUCAAUGCUAAUGAGUAAUGAUUAUUCUGUGCACACAAAUGGUAACGGAAAUAUCUCUCGUGAAAACAAUGGUGUUUCUUUCCAUGUGCAGAACAGUGAUGUGCAACUUCCUGAGUUUUCAGUAAAACAGCAUGUCUUUCAUGAAAACAGUGAUAUAUCCUAUAAAAAGUCUUGCAUUUCACUGAGAAGGACUUCCAAAAGAAAGAGCCUGCAAUUUAUUGAACCAAUAUGACUUUUA